AUGCGCUGGUACUGCGUCCACCCGAGUCUCCCGUUGCAAGCCGAACUGCGCAUCCGCGCAGCAGCUGAUGGCAGCUCGGCUGUGUGUGCUCUCGUACCUUCUGGCAGAGCGUUCGCUGCCUAUAAUCCGGUAUGCCAAGUGCCCGGGAAUGAUGACGACGCCUCCCCUUCCUCUUGGCUCCAAGUGACAUAUCAGAACGCGUCAUCGGGAGAAAUGGAAGAUGGCUACAUAAUGGCGUCCCUGCCCAAUGGAAUGUCGCUGGUGAUACCUUGGGAGUCGACGGACUUUCGCGGCUGCUGCAAGGUGCUGGACCCAGAGACGCUGAUGUUCGAUGGACCUCUUGAGGGAGCUCAGCGCUUAGGAGCGGUGCAAUGCGUUGCCUAUCUUUACGUUAUAGUGGAUGAAAGUGAAGCACGAGUCCAGAUCCGACAUCCAGAGCUGGAAACUGUGUGGAUCAACAAGAAGGACGUUCAGGUUGUGUGUACGCGACUCUACCACAAAGCCUGCAGCACUUGUCAUGCAUUUUAUGAACUAAACGAAGACUUGCCGGAAAACGCGCAAAUUGCGGUACGCGAGUUUCCGUCAACGGAGGCGCCGGCCAUGGGUCUACUGAGCCGAGGAGAGACGUUAGAGGUUUUUGUGCGUGGUGGCAAUUGGCUGCAAAUUAUUGGCGGCAGCUUUGAUCGAGCAUGGAUUAUGUGGCGGACAGAAGACUUGGAGUUGCUCCAGGAGUCACCUGACAUGUUUUCAGGCAACUGUCGACGGCUAAUAACGAAUCUGGAUGGCAGUGCAGGUGCUGAAAGUGGUGCUAAUAUGGUUCUUGUAGUGGAGCGUACAGUACCCUCACACUCGGAUAAGAAAGUUUGCACGUCACCAUUGACCGUAACGCCCGAGACCGACUUCACAGUCAACUCUACACUAGAGAUGAGCGACGCACAGGCUAUAGCCAGCAAGCAUGCUGCUAUCACGACGAAUAAUUGUGUUUCUGUUGGUGUUACUAAAACCUCCCAAGCUCGUCCAGCGUCAGCGUUGUGUAAGAGUUUCGACGGUGCCGAUGCCAGUGAUACUGAACCUUUACAAUCCGGUAUUACCAUUGGAGGUGGCAUAUCAUCUACUCUUGGGUCCGGGGCAGAUACAUGCACAAAAGACGUGGAGCCCGCGUUUGCUGUUCAAGCAUCAGAUGAUCGACCGAUUCGUCCUGCUCAGUCCACGUUUGAGCAGAUGCAUUCUGAUGUCGGUGGUGCUGACAGUGUUGUGAUGGCACAGCCGACAAUAGACGACAUGGAGGACACUGAGCAAACAGCGUCAAAGCUGAGUGCGUCAGCUGCGUCAGCAGAUAGCGAUAUCGCGCAGAACUCGCUCGGUGAUACCGAUAUUGCCAUCGGAGGUGGCAUAUCAUCUACUCUUGGGUCCGAGGCAGAUACAUGCGCAAAAGACGUGGAGCCCGCGUUUGCUGUUCAAGCAUCAGAUGAUCGACCGAUUCGUCCUGCUCAGUCCACGUUUGAGCAGAUGCAUUCUGAUGUCGGUGGUGCUGACAGUGUUGUGAUGGCACAGCCGACAAUAGACGACAUGGAGGACACUGAGCAAACAGCGUCAAAGCUGAGUGCGUCAGCUGCGUCAGCAGAUAGCGAUAUCGCGCAGAACUCGCUCGGUGAUACCGAUAUUGCCAUCGGAGGUGGCAUAUCAUCUACUCUUGGGUCCGAGGCAGAUACAUGCGCAAAAGACGUGGAGCCCGCGUUUGCUGUUCAAGCAUCAGAUGAUCGACCGAUUCGUCCUGCUCAGUCCACGUUUGAGCAGAUGCAUUCUGAUGUCGGUGGUGCUGACAGUGUUGUGAUGGCACAGCCGACAAUUGACGACAUGGAGCAAACGGUGCCAAAGCUGAGUCCGUCGUAUGUGUCAGCUGCGUCAGCAGAUAGCGAUAUCGCGCAGAACUCGCUCGGUGAUACCGAUAUCGCCAUCGGAGGUGGCAUAUCAUCUACUCUUGGGUCCGAGGCAGAUACAUGCGCAAAAGACGUGGAGCCCGCGUUUGCUGUUCAAGCAUCAGAUGAUCGACCGAUUCGUCCUGCUCAGUCCACGUUUGAGCUGAUGCAUUCUGAUGUCGGUGGUGCUGACAGUGUUGUGAUGGCACAGCCGACAAUAGACGACAUGGAGGACACUGAGCAAACAGUGUCAAAGCUGAGUGCGUCAGCUGCGUCAGCAGAUAGCGAUAUUGCGCAGAACUCGCUCGGUGAUACCGAUAUUGCCAUCGGAGGUGGCAUAUCACCUACUCUUGGGUCCGAGGCAGAUACAUGCGCAAAAGACGUGGAGCCCGCGUUUGCUGUUCAAGCAUCAGAUGAUCGACCGAUUCGUCCUGCUCAGUCCACGUUUGAGCUGAUGCAUUCUGAUGUCGGUGGUGCUGACAGUGUUGUGAUGGCACAGCCGACAAUAGACGACAUGGAGGACACUGAGCAAACGGUGUCAAAGCUGAGUGCGUCAGCUGCGUCAGCAGAUAGCGAUAUUGCGCAGAACUCGCUCGGUGAUACCGAUAUUGCCAUCGGAGGUGGCAUAUCAUCUACUCUUGGGUCCGAGGCAGAUACAUGCGCAAAAGACGUGGAGCCCGCGUUUGCUGUUCAAGCAUCAGAUGAUCGACCGAUUCGUCCUGCUCAGUCCACGUUUGAGCAGAUGCAUUCUGAUGUCAAUGUCGGUGGUGCUGACAGUGUUGUGAUGGCACAGCCGACAAUAGACGACAUGGAGGACACUGAGCAAACGGUGCCAAAGCUGAGUCCGUUGCAUGUGUCAGCAGAUAGCGAUAUUGCGCAGAACUCGCUCGGUGAUACCGAUAUUGCCAUCGGAGGUGGCAUAUCAUCUACUCUUGGGUCCGAGGCAGAUACAUGCGCAAAAGACGUGGAGCCCGCGUUUGCUGUUCAAGCAUCAGAUGAUCGACCGAUUCGUCCUGCUCAGUCCACGUUUGAGCUGAUGCAUUCUGAUGUCGGUGGUGCUGACAGUGUUGUGAUGGCACAGCCGACAAUAGACGACAUGGAGGACACUGAGCAAACAGUGUCAAAGCUGAGUGCGUCAGCUGCGUCAGCAGAUAGCGAUAUUGCGCAGAACUCGCUCGGUGAUACCGAUAUUGCCAUCGGAGGUGGCAUAUCACCUACUCUUGGGUCCGAGGCAGAUACAUGCGCAAAAGACGUGGAGCCCGCGUUUGCUGUUCAAGCAUCAGAUGAUCGACCGAUUCGUCCUGCUCAGUCCACGUUUGAGCAGAUGCAUUCUGAUGUCAAUGUCGGUGGUGCUGACAGUGUUGUGAUGGCACAGCCGACAAUAGACGACAUGGAGGACACUGAGCAAACGGUGCCAAAGCUGAGUCCGUUGCAUGUGUCAGCAGAUAGCGAUAUUGCGCAGAACUCGCUCGGUGAUACCGAUAUUGCCAUCGGAGGUGGCAUAUCAUCUACUCUUGGGUCCGAGGCAGAUACAUGCGCAAAAGACGUGGAGCCCGCGUUUGCUGUUCAAGCAUCAGAUGAUCGACCGAUUCGUCCUGCUCAGUCCACGUUUGAGCAGAUGCAUUCUGAUGUCGGUGGUGCUGACAGUGUUGUGAUGGCACAGCCGACAAUUGACGACAUGGAGCAAACGGUGCCAAAGCUGAGUCCGUCGUAUGUGUCAGCUGCGUCAGCAGAAUAG